AUGCUAGCAAAGAAGGCCUUGCAACUCUGUUCAUGGCAGAGAACUAAACUGUUGCGUGCGUCGAUGAUUCCAGUUUCAACUUUUGAAUUCGCUUCCGCAAUGUCGAGCAUGGAGGAGCCGCUCGGCCUUGACAAGCUGCCCAGCAUGAGCACCAUUGACCGGAUUCAAAGGUUCUCGUCUGGUGCUUGCCGGUCCAGCGGCGAUGAGUUGGGGAUGGGGCAUUGCUUUAUUGAUGGAAGGAAUUGCAGCUCAUCUAACAGUUGCGAGGAUGAGUCUGAAUAUACAAGAGACACCUUUCCCUGGAGAAGGCAUACAAGAGGGCUGGCUAAUGGUGAGUCCUUCAUGCGGAGGACUAGGAGCACGGGUGUGAGUCAUGUCGCUAAUGGAAGUAUUCGCCAUUCGCGGAACUUUUCAGAUUAUCAAAUUGAUGCCCAAUCUCGCAACAAAGAUGUACGAGGCAGAGCGAAUAAGUUUUUGAAAGACAUACCGGCAUUUGUCAAGAUAGUAGAAGUUGGGCCAAGAGAUGGACUACAAAACGAAAAAACUAUUGUACCUACAGAUAUAAAGAUUGAACUGAUUCGAAGACUAGUAGCUUCUGGCUUGCCAGUCGUGGAAGCUACAAGUUUUGUAUCACCUAAAUGGGUUCCGCAGCUUGCAGAUGCAAGAGACGUAAUGAAAGCAGUUCAUAGUUUGGAGGGCUCCAAAUUACCUGUCCUGACACCUAACUUAAAGGGAUUUGAAGCUGCCGUUGCAGCCGGGGCUAAGGAAGUAGCAGUAUUCGCAUCAGCUUCUGAAUCCUUCUCAAAGUCCAACAUUAACUGUAGCAUUGAAGAAAGCAUUGCUCGCUAUCGUGUUGUUACUCAAGCGGCGAAAGAACACUCUAUCCCUGUUCGUGGAUACGUCUCAUGUGUUGUUGGAUGUCCAGUAGAAGGACCGAUUUCCCCUGCAAAAGUAGCUUUUGUGGCAAAAGCACUUCAUGACAUGGGUUGCUAUGAAAUUUCCCUGGGAGAUACAAUUGGUGUUGGUACACCUGGAACCGUUGUGCCCAUGCUUGAAGCUGUGAUGGCAGUUGUUCCUGUUGAGAAGCUUGCUGUCCACUUCCACGAUACUUAUGGCCAAUCUCUUCCAAACAUUUUAGUAUCUCUCCAGAUGGGGAUUAGCACGGUGGACUCCUCGGUAGCUGGGUUAGGCGGGUGCCCAUAUGCCAAGGGAGCAACGGGAAAUGUCGCAACAGAAGAUGUCGUGUACAUGCUCAACGGCCUUGGGGUGAAGACGAACGUCGACCUGGCAAAGCUGCUUGCCGCGGGUGACUUCAUCAGCAAGCAAUUAGGUCGUGCACCGGUGUCCAAGGCAGCCGUUGCCUUGAGCCGAGCUGUCGCUGAUGCCUCCAAAAUCUGA